AUGCAUCCUGUGAAUCAGUCCCCGCCCAGCGGAGGCGGCGUCUCCGCGGCAUUUCUUCCCUCUAGCUCGGUGCCUCAGCUCCUCGCAUCUGCAUGCACUCGAGGAUCGCCGCCCGCGACCUCGGUGGAGCAGGAUCGAGCUGAGGCGCUGAGGGUGAAGCGCGAGCGACAGCGGGUGGCCUCGCGCAAGUAUCGACAGAGAAAGCGGGAGCAGCUGCAGGCCGUCGCAGCGAGCCAGAACGUGUCUCUCUUAGUAUCUUCCUCACUCGCUGCUUCUCCGUUUCCCCCCCAGUGCGCUGACCCCUCAACGCACUUUCACGGAGCUCCCGCAAACGCAGGACUCGACUCCGGACCCCCUUUCGCAGGUGUCGCAGGCAGCGAGUUUGCCCGCGGCCAGUGCUCGUUCUUCUCUGCGGGGCCACACGCCGUCGAGGGCGGAGACAGCGUGAGGCGUGGGCUCACUUUCGCGAGUCUUGGCGCCCCACAAAUGCCUCCCCCGCCCGUCCAGAUGUCUCCGCAGUUCCUCCCGGCGCAAGCGGCGACUGGUGCCGAGGCCGAGUGCAGCGGAGUCAACGCGCAUCAUGCGUCCCUGCCCCAGGACCCUGCGGACCCCGCCUCGAGCGCCCUCGGACCCAGCCCGCGACCGGCCAAGAAGUGGCGAACUUCUCAGAGUCCUGGUCUCGUGGCCGCGGGCCCGCUCGUUAGUCCACCUCCGUGUUCCGCGCCGUCUGCGCUUUCCUCUCCUGUCUCCGCGAGUGCGCACCUACCCUUCUCGCCUCUGGCCUCCUACGGCUCCAACGCUUUCGCACCUAACGCAUGUCCCCCGACUGCGCUCGUCGGCGAGUCUCCGACGCCGAGCGACUUGCCAAAAAAGGCUGGAGGCCCGCCGGGAACUGGGCCGCCGCCUGUCCCUGUUUUCCAGAAUGGCGCCUUGCUCACGAGUCUCUAUCCUGCGCCCUCGAGUCCCGCAGUCCUCAUCAACGGGAGCCCUUCCGUCUCUUCUCCGGGGCUUGGACCUGCGACCGCCUUGCGCCUCAGCGAGCAAGACGCGAGCCCUCAAGCAGACACAACUUCUAGUCUGGGGGGCUCUUCUGACCUUGCGACCUCGAGCCUCGCCGCCCCAGGUCUAGGGGGCAGUUUGCACGGGGGGCGAGCGUUGCCUUCUCCGUCCUCGGUGGUGCUCACCGGUGCCGGAGGCUCGCGUCCUGAGGUCGAGGCGUCUUUCUCCUCCGUGUCGGCCCCGCCAUGUCUGUCGCAGAUUUCAGCGGCCAGCGGGAUGGUCUUGGGCGACCUUCCGGGCGCAGGGCGAGGCGGCGGGUUCGCCGCCCCCGAAGCCGCGCGCAAGAGGGGAGGCUUGGACUCUGAGGGCCCGGGACUCGGUGUGGGCGGGAUACCCCAGGGCCCGGCGCUGGCUGUGGGCUAUCCGAGGGCCGCCGACGGGCACCGCGGCCUCGAGCUCGCGAGCGAGGAGGCACGCAGGGAGUCGGAAAGCGCCGAAGAGCUGGGGCGAACCGUGCUCCAGCGGCCCGGGAGUGGAGCCACGGGCGGCUGCUACGUUUUUCCAGCAUCUGUCGGGUUGCAUGCUGUCGCGAACGCGGCGCAGGGAUGCGGGCCUCUCGACCUUGCGGCCGUGACCUCGUCCCACAUGGACCCUGUCCACCACUUCCCUUUCCACGUGUCGCAUGCAAUGCAGAUGAGUCAUCCGCAUCUCCAGGCGUCUACUGAGGCUGUGAAUCUUUCAGAGGGUUCUGCUCUGCGGCCCAGCGACUCCGGAGCCGGGCCCCGACCUGACGAGCCUCCCCGCGGGUUUCCGUCCCUCCUGGAGUCGCCUCCUUGCCCGUACCCAAGAGAUUCAGAAGAAGGCUCAUCGCUGGUCUCGACCAGCGACAGCAGCGGCCUCGGCCGCGACUCAGAAGGACCGACUUUCUCUGCAGGACCGAGUCUUAACGUCGCCUUGCGAGAGGGCAGUGUGGAUGAGCAGCUGCGCGGCAGCCUUCCUUCGGCGUCGUCGCGGGCGGGCUCGAAUCAGGGGAGCGUGGGCAGACCGCGGCUUCCUCCCUGUUUCUCUGCGCCGCUGGCCGCUGGACUGCAGAGCGCCAACCUCCAGACCGCUUCUGUGAGCAGCCUGCCAAGCGACGCCGGCGCGGGUUCUGGAAGUCGACCGAGACUUGAGCCAGGGGCCUCUCUGCAUCCUGUCUCGCACGUUGCUCCGCCUCUGGCGCCUUCAGGUUUGCGGGCCUCGCCAAGCGACGCGGCGGGUUCUCAUGCAGUGCUCCCGACGUAUAUGGCGAUGUCUGAGGGUCGCCACUCCGUCCCAGCGUCUCCUCCCUCAUUUCCUGGGUUCUCUGGAGGGCGUGUAGGGCCCCCCGCGCCGCGGGGGGUGUCUCCGUCUGCUCCGACGGCGAGUUUGUCUCUGGGGGCGCAGGCAGCGUGCCUGGUCGCAGGCGCUGGCCUCGGUGGCGGAGCUUCGGGUGCAGGGGUGGGUGCGGGGCGUCGGUUGAACGAGCGAGGCGCAGUGUGGGGCUCGAGGCAGCUGGUCUUGAAGUUGAGAGAAGUUCACCGAUCUGCGGCGCACCUGACGAUGCAAACGAUGAAGGAAAUGGCCGCUCUCUGCGAGGAGGUGGUGCGGAAGGGCGAACGCGAAAAGUGGGCGCGACCGAUUCGCGGCGGCGCCGAACGGGAGGCCAGACGCGUGCGCCAGGGCCUCCUGAGAGAGGCGCAGCUCCUCGUCAGAGAAAGAGACGAGACGACAAGCGACAGACAAGACAACGCCGAGGAACUGUAG